AUGUCUAAUUUCUGUCCAUCAACACAUAUUCAUCAUCACUCUCUUAUAAAAAAUAUAUUCUUAUGUUGUAUAACAAACUAUAAAAACCGUUUAAAAUUUAAACAAAAAUUACUUAUUGGACGAAAAAUUGCAAAAAUAAAAUUAAUGAUUAACAAUCAAACAAAAGAUGUGGACGAUAUUGACUUUAAUCAAGAAAAAAUUGAUCAUCAUUUAAAUAAAAAUAAUAAAAAUAUUUUAUAUAAAGCGAUUAAUAACAAUCAAUUAUCCUUAUUCACCGAUGAUCAACUAUCAAUAACAAAACAAGAACAAUUCUAUGAUCACUCUCAUCAUCAAUCGUGUCCACAAUGUAAAAUUCUUACAUUAUUUCAACUGAAUCGUUCAGCAAUUUAUAUCAAUCCAGAUAUUCAAAGGCGACUUCAUACUUUAAAAAUGGCUGUAAUAGAAUCAGAAUUUCAUGGAAAAAAUGAACAAUGUCAUUUACAUAAAGAUAAAUUGAAAUUGAAAUCAAUAACAAAUGGUGAAGAAAAAUUAAUAUUAAACUCUACUCCUAUAUCAGCAAAACGGUAA